GUUUUGUUGGGCUUUCACCUGGAACAAGACGCAGGCACACCUGAGCACCGGAAAACCCGCCUGUUGUCGGCCACGAAGGGACUACCCCGCCGGUUCACCUGCCCGCGGACACUUUUAAGGACCAAGUCCGACACAAUUGUACAACUUUGUCCGUGGAUAAUUUAUAAACCUGGCUAACCUGUAACGAACAUUUACCGGAGUGGUGGCACGAGCAGCCUUGGCCAUUUGUGAGUAGUCGGGCCAAGAUACUUCAAGGGGGAGACAAAAGAUCACACUUCCGGUGUGCUUUUAUUUUAUUUAUUUAUGAUAUCUGAAGAGGAUUUGAAUUAAGCAUGCUCGGGGCGGAGAGCAGACUGGAAAGCCGGCUAAAUACGCUGGAGGUUCUCAUGAGGAAUCCGGAGUCGGUGUUAAACUUGGCAACACUGCUGGAUUCCAUAAAUGCCUUGGCUCACGAUUUGAACUAUCCUGCUCUGCGGAAGAACAAGAACAUUGAAACGUUUCUCAGCCGAUACGAAAAGGCGGUGAGCCAGCUGCGCGAGCUGCAGGUCAAGCUCGACGACUUUGAAAAGGUGAAGCUGAUCGGAAGAGGAGCUUAUGGAGAAGUGCAGCUGGUCCGACACAAGGCUUCCCGGAAGGUUUACGCCAUGAAGAAGCUCAACAAGUUUGAGAUGAUCAAGCGGUGCGAUUCGGCUUUCUUCUGGGAGGAGCGUCACAUCAUGGCCUUCUCCGACAGCCCCUGGGUCAUCCAGUUGUGCUGCGCCUUCCAAGACGACCGCCACCUGUACAUGGUGAUGGAGUUCAUGGCGGGCGGCGACAUGGUCACGCUCACCUUGAACUACGACAUCCCGGAGAAGUGGGCUCGCUUCUACACGGCCGAGGCAGUGCUGGCCCUGGACGCCAUCCACACCAUGGGCUUCAUCCACCGCGACAUCAAACCGGACAACAUGCUCCUCGACCAGCACGGGCACCUCAAGCUGGCCGAUUUCGGCACCUGCAUGAAGAUGGAUUCUACAGGCAUGGUGCACUGUGACACCGCCGUGGGCACGCCCGACUACAUCUCCCCCGAGGUGCUGCAGUCUCAGGGAAGCGAGGGUCACUACGGGCGGGAGUGCGACUGGUGGGCUGUCGGGGUCUUUCUAUACGAGCUGUUAGUGGGGGAAACGCCUUUCUACGCCGAUUCCCUGGUGGGAACGUACGGAAAGAUCAUGAACCACAAAAGUUCCCUCAUCUUCCCAGAUGAUGUGGAAAUGUCCCAGGAGGCCAAAAACCUCAUCUGUGCCUUUCUAACAGACAGGGAGGUUCGUCUGGGCCGCACCGGAGUGGAGGAGAUCAAAAGCCAUCCUUUCUUCAAGAGCGAUCAGUGGACCUUUGACAACAUCCGAGCGACCGUCGCUCCCGUCGUACCUGAGCUGAACAGCGACAUCGACACCAGCAACUUUGACGACUUUGAGGAUGAUAAAGGAGCCGCCGAGACCUUCCCUCCGCCGAAAGCCUUUGUGGGCAACCAGCUGCCGUUUGUCGGCUUCACCUACUUCAAGGAAGACCAGCUGCUGAAGGGAAAGAAAAACAGCUCAGCGCAAGAUUCGGAGAACAAAAAGGAAAAAGGAGAGGAAAAGCAAGAGCGCUCUGACAACAAGAAAGAACAACUGCAGAAAAAACUGAAUGAACUGGAGGAGCAGCUCGACCAUGAAAUGCAGGCCAAAGACGACCUGGAGCACAAGUUUCGAAAUGCCACCAAUCGUUUAGACAAGUUAGUCAAGGAAUUAGACAAGGAGAUGAACAGCAGACAGCGCGUGGAGGCCUCGUUGAGGCAGAUGGAGCGCGAGCACGCGCUGCUGCAGCACCAGAGUACCGAGAACCAGCGCAAAGUCGAGAUUGAGACGGACAGGAAACGCGGCCUGGAGAACGAAUUGAAUAACCUGAAGGACCAAUUCGAGGAUCUCAAGAAGAAGAACCACAAUUCACAGAUCUCCAGUGAGAAGAACAUCCAGCUGCAGAAACAACUGGAGGAGGCGGCCGGGACACUUCAGGCGGAGCAGGAGACAGCGACGAAGCUAAAGAAGAACCAGGCGGAGAUGCAGAAACAGACCCAGGGCCUGGAGUUGAGCCUCAGGGAAGCGCACGAGAAGUGCAAGCAGCUGGAGGAGGCCAAGACGGAGUUGGAGAAACAGCUGACGGCACUGCGGGCCGAGCUGGAGGCUGAGAGGAGGGAGCGCAGCAUCAAGACGGAUGUUAUCGCCGACCUCCAGGGUGAGCCGUUUGCUUAAUGUCGGGGCUUUGUGAAAGAAAUGAAGUCAUGUUUAUCCAACUUCCAGACUGAAAAGAACCAACUGCAGGAGAAGCUCAAUAACCUUGAGAAGGAAAAGAGCAACCAAGAGAUCGAGCUGACGUUCAAGUUGAAGUCCCUCCAACAGAGUCUGGAGCAGGAGGAAGGCGAACACAAAGCUACCAAGGCCAAGUUGGCGGAUGAAAACCAAAUUUAUCAGUCGAUAGAGGUGGCGAAAUCUGCGACCUUAAAAGAGAUGGAGCGCAGCCUUCAGGAGGAGCGCACUCUGAAGCAGGAGCUGGAAGCCAAGCUGCUGCAGCUGAAGAAAGAUCACUCCAUGCUCGACUGCGAUUACAAACAGGCGCAGCACAAACUGGACGAGCUGCAGGCGCUGAAGGAGAGAGUUUCUGAAGAUGUAAAGAACCUGAGCCUGCGUUUGGAGCAGGAGGUUCACAAGCGCAGCCUGGCCCAGAGUGACCUGAAAAUGGAGAAACAGCAGGUGACCGUCCUGCACACCUCUGAGAAGCAGCUCAAGCAGGAGCUCAACCAACUGCUGGAGAUGAAGCAGGUCCUGGAGAAACAAAACCAAGAGCUGCGCAGGGAGAAGCAAGAGUCGGAAGGCCUGCUGAAAGAUUUAAAGGACCAGCUGGAGGCGGAACAAUAUUUCACGACCCUUUACAAGACGCAGAUCCGCGAGUUGAAGGAGGAGUGCGAUGAGAGGAGCACCUUGUACAAAGAGGCUCAGCAGCGUCUGGAUGAGUACCAGGAGGAGAGGGAAUCGCUCACUUCCCAGCUGGAAGUCAGCCUGACCAAGGCCGACUCUGAGCAGUUGGCGCGCUCCAUCGCCGAGGAGCAGUACUCGGAUCUGGAGAAGGAGAAGAUCAUGAAGGAGCUGGAGAUCAAAGACAUGAUGGCCAGACACAAACAGGAGCUCGGCGACAAGGAGGCCACCAUCAGCUCGCUGGAAGAGUCCAAUCGCACGCUGACCGUGGAUGUGGCCAACCUCGCCAGCGAGAAGGAGGAGCUCAACAACCAGCUGAAAGAACUGCAGCAACAGCUCCAGGACGCAAAGGAUGAGGAGCAGAACAUGAGCACUCUCAUUGUGGCCUUUGAAAAGCAGCUGCAGACUGAAAGGACGCUCAAAAUUCAGGCAAUCAACAAGCUCGCCGAGGUGAUGAACCGGAGGGAGCCGGCGAGGGGAGGCCAUCGAGGCACCGACACGGAAGUGCACAAGAAGGAGAAGGAGAACAGGAAGCUCCAACUGGAGCUGCGAUCGGAGAAGGACAAACUCAACAGCACCAUUAUCAAAUACCAGCGAGAGCUGUCGGAAAUGCAGGCGGUGAUAGCAGAGGAGAACCAAGUGCGUCAGGAGCUUCAGAUGACAUUAGCCAGCAAGGACAGCGACAUCGAGCAGCUCCGGUGCCAGCUCACCUCCCUGAGCGUUCACUCUUUGGACACCACCAGCAUCAGCAGCGACCUGGACGUGGGCGAAGGCUACCCAGAUUCCAGACUCGAGGGCUGGCUUUCACUCCCAACCAAGCACACAAAGCGUUUCGGCUGGGACAAAAAGUUUGUUGUGGUGAGCAGUAAAAAGAUUCUGUUCUACAAUAGCGAGCAGGACCGAGAACAGGCCAACCCUUUCAUGAUCUUGGACAUAGACAAGCUCUUUCAUGUGCGACCUGUCACUCAGACUGACGUGUACCGUGCAGACGCUGUAGAAAUCCCACGGAUAUUUCAGAUCCUGUACGCCAACGAGGGCGAGAGCAAGCGUGAUCAGGAGGUCGUCAUGGAGACCACGCCCUUCGGCGAGCGCCCCUCCCACAUCAGCCACAAGGGCCACGAGUUCAUCCUCACGCUCUAUCACUUCCCCUCGAGCUGCGAGGCGUGCACUCGGCCGCUGUGGCACGUCUUUAAGCCGCCGCCGGCCCUCGAGUGCCGCCGCUGCCAUGUCAAGUGUCACAAGGACCACCUGGACAGGAAGGAGGAGGUCAUUGUGCCCUGCAAAGUGAACUACGACAUGUCCACCGCCAAAGAGCUGCUCUUGCUGACCGGCAGCCGGGAGGAGCAGCAGCGAUGGGUUAGCCACCUCCUCAAGCGCAUCCCCAGGAAACACCCGCAGUCCGCCGUUCCGGCCCACCUACCCGAGGCACCGCCCCGACCUUCCCCCCGCGCUUCGCCCCGCCCGUCACCCAGGGGCUCGCCGCAGAUUUCGCCGCAUCGCGGGGCGAUCAGAGUCUCGUCCUCCAGACACCAGCAGCCAUCCGGGAAAGCCAGAUUGCUUGAUUUUGGCCUGAAAGACUUGAGGUGGUCGUUGGACGACACCGACAGUGAUGAUGAUAUUUUCCUCUGAAAGAAGUGACAAAGGGGGGACGGAGGUUAACCCUGACUCAGCAAAGGGAUUCUUCCUUGCGGAUGAUUGACAGCAGCGUGCCAACACGUGUUACUCUUCAGGAAAUUAGUUUUACUCUGAACUUUUUUAAAAAAAAAAAAACAAGGAACAAGAGCACAAUCUUUUACAUGAUGGCAAUUUGUCAAAUCGACAUUAGAAACAAAAACGAACUGUCACAUUUGUGUUUGAAGUGCAAAGGGGUGCGUGCAUCAAAUGAAGAGGACUAUUUGUGUAACAUAUCUUAGAAGCUUUAGUACACAUGGAUUGUAUUUUUUUUUUCCUGAGCGUGUAGUAUUAUCACAUCAACACGGGCUUGUCUGGAAAUAGUUUACAGACCGAAAUUGCACAUUAAUAUUGGGACACCAGUUACGUUUUUUUUUUUUUGGUCACAUUUGACAGUUGCCUUUUUAAUGAAAACUCAAGCAAUUUUUUUUUUUUUGUUCAAAUGCUCCAAUAAAAUUACACAUGGAUCCAUUUUCUA